AUGAAAGCCGUGGUUCUUGCCCUGACCCUCCUUCUGACUGUGGGUUGCCAUGCCCGUUCCCUGCAGUCUGACACUCCCUCACAGCUGAAGCAUUUCCAGGCAGCCUUUGUUGUCUACCUGAACCAGGUGAGGGAACAGGCUCUGAGGAGUCUCGUGCAGCUGGAAGGAAAUGACUACGUGCAGUACAAGCAGAAGUUGAAAGACAGCCUGGACCAGCUCCAGAAGUAUGCUGACCAGGCCAGCUCCACCAUGAAUCCCAUCGCCACGCAGGUCCUGGAGAGCACCAAGGGCCUGCAUGAGUAUGUCCUGUCUGAGCUGGAGGACCUGCGCUCCCAGCUGGAGCCUCACCACGCCCAUCUGAAGCAGGUGGUCGAGAAACACCUGGACGAGUACCGCGCCACGCUGGGGCCCAUCUUCAAGGACUACAUGUCCGACAACCAGAAGGAGCUGCACACCCUGAAGGCCCGCAUGCAGCCCGCGCUGGAAGAGCUCAUUGAGAAGAUGGAGGUCAACUUCGAGGAGACCAAGUCCAAAGUGCUGCCCCUGGUGGAGACCGUGCGUGCCAAGCUGACCAAGCAGCUGCAGGACCUCAGGAACCUGGCCUUGCCCAUAGCUGAGGAGUACAAGGAGUACGUGCUGAAGAACGUGGAGGAGGCACGCAGCCAGCUGGCACCCCACACCACAGAGCUGCUGGGCCAGCUGGAACCCUACCUGGAGACCCUGAAGAGCAAACUGACAGAGGCCUAUGAAUCCACAGCCAAGGCCCUGAAGGCCUAAAUGCCGACUAUGACUAGGACUGACACCCACACACACUCACACACACAUACAUGGAAAUAAGUCUC